AUGAUUUCUACAUCUUGUCUUCUAUUACUCGUCGCUAUUUUGGCUUGUCUUUUGAUUGAAACCGAAGCCCAAUGGGGAUAUGGUGGAUAUGGAAUGGGAGGAUACGGAAUGUAUGGAGGAGGAUAUGGAGGCGGUUUCGGAUGGAGUGAGUUCUUCUUUCUCAAUUAUUUGCAGAAAAAAUAGUAUUGUUUUUUUUUUCAGGACGUCGUAUGUGGGGAAUGGGAUAUCCAUAUGGUGGAUAUGGCGGAUACGGAUGGGGAAAAUAA